GUGCGCGGACGUUGUCACGCGAUACUGUGACAACCUGUGCACUUGUUAUCGACUCCACGGGCGUGAACGGUCGAGGGCUAGAGCAAAAGCCAUUAAUUCACUGAUGAAACUGGCCCUUCUGUACGGUAAGUGGACAGAAAAGGGCCUUUAAACAUGACAUCUGCCACUUCCUUGCGAGCAUCCCGGCGCAAACCAGCGGCACAUGACGAAGUGCAGACCACUCUGGUUCCAAAGAAACCCAAGCCGACUGGCUUGGUUUAUGAUCCGCGUAUGACUCUACACAAGCACGAGUGGUUUUCGAACGAACAGGAAUCUCCUGCACGCAUUCAGCGGGCCUUCAAACGUUGCCAAGAAGAAGGUCUGGUGAUGCGUUGCACAAUGGUUCCAGCUCGUCAGAUCAGCGAGCAGGCCCUAACAUCCAUUCACGGCCGAAAAUACAUCCAGCGCGUAAAACAGUCUCGGAAUUUCGCGCUACCGGAGCUCUACAAACUUUCGGGACAGUUCGAUGGUGUGUUCUUCAAUGAGGCUACCUGGACAAGUUCUUGCUUAGCUGCUGGCAGCUUGAAACACCUUGCCAACCUCGUGGUUCACGGUCGCUUAGCCAACGGCUUCGCCUUGCUGCGCCCGCCGGGUCAUCAUGCCAUGCACUCAGAAGCCUGCGGCUAUUGUUUCUUCAACAAUGUUGCCAUUACGGCUGCAAGCUUCUUAGAUCCGCCGCCAAAUGUGCUUCAAGUGGAACAGAAGGUUGGUCCAAAUGUCCGGAGAACACGAUCCAGGUCAAAGGGUACCAUGGAUAUAACAAGGGACACUACAACCAGUGAUGCACCAAACCUAUCCAACGCUGACACAGCAUCAAAGCUUGGUUCUCGAGUCAAGCUCGAGCGCAUACUUAUUGUAGACUGGGACGUACAUCAUGGACAAGGUACACAAUAUGCAUUCUACCAAGACAAGCGGGUACUGUUUAUUUCGAUGCAUCGGUUCGAGCAAGGUAACUUCUGGCCAAACCUUCGCGAAGCCAACUAUGAUUUUAUUGGUGACGGUCCUGGACGAGGAUAUAAUGUGAACAUUCCUCUUGAUGAGACCGGUCUGACAGACUCGGAUUACUUGGCCAUGUUUCAUCAACUGAUCAUGCCCAUCGCAAUCGAGUUCAACCCAGAACUUGUGCUUGUUUCGUGCGGAUUCGACGCAGCCAUCGGCUGUCCGGAAGGACGAAUGUGGCUGAGUCCGGCUGUCUUUGGACAUUUUAUCCAUCACUUGAAAAUGCUUGCUGGAGGGAAGUUGGUUGUCGCCUUGGAGGGAGGAUAUUACGUGGACAGUUUAGCCGAAGGUUCAGUGCACGUAUUGAAGGCUCUCCUGGGCGACCAGCCUGCUCCCCUACGACUCUCCUGUCCGCCGUGCAAAAGUACCCGGCGCACAAUCGAUGCAUGUUCCACAGCACUACGUGCUCACUGGAAAUCACUCUGGGUCUGUGGUCCUACAAAGAUAGUUCCUCGUCCAGACCUGUCACACUUCCCACCGAUGUCUUGGCCGAUUGUCAGGCGUGUUGUUUGGCCGGAGGCCAAUCCUCUACUGCCGGAUCAAGUGAAACAACAUGUUCAUCACAUGAUGAACGAAUACAUUCCAGUACCACUUCCCUCACCUUCUUGUCAUUUGGUUCUACUGCUGGUUUGUAAGGAUGCGUUCUCUGCCGAACCAACGAAAGAAUGGACUGGUGCCGGUAACACCUCUACUCAAAGAAUGCAGCAUGUGACGCCCAGUACUGCAUGGUCUGAGCAGUUAAUACAACAACUUGUUAGCCGGUUCCACAUUCACUUCUUUCGAAGUGAUCGGUCGUGCUCAGCCAAUUCCAAAUCCUUCGGGAAAAGAGUAGCUGUGGAACAUACUCCAAACACCUGCAGUAAACGGAUCAAAAUAAGCGCCGAUGUGUCGCGAGAUGUGGUAACCCGUAGAAAGUGCUGCCCAUCGAAAUCGGUUUGGAAAGCGUCCUCUUCAUAUAUUAUUCCAUCGGGCGUGUUUCCUUCCCCAAUGGUGGAAUCUUUCUAUGGAGGAACUACGUGCGGAUGCUCUUUUGAAACCUGUGGAAAACCGUGGUCUAAGGCGUCGCUUUCCAAUAUGCCAAAUUUGAAGGCCGCGCUACAAAAAUUGCUGGUCGAUUUAUUUCGACGGAAGUUUAGCCGAGUUUUUGCAGUCGGCCAGCAGCCAGACCCCUUCCAGAUAAUUGAGGCAAUCACAGAUAUGUCACCCCAGGUGCUGGAGGAAUAUCGUACCAGUGUCUUCCGUACUCGAAAUGGGCGAACCUCAAUGGGAAAGCUCAACAUGAUAGGCACAAACAACUUAGAGAACCAAACGGAAGAUAAUCCGAAUAACUUUCAGGUCACAGGUGGCACCAGGAAGACGUUGACAAGCCAUAAUGCCACCAGUGCGUAUGAGAAUUUGCCCACAGAUGACUGGAAGUCGGAUUCUAGCAACUACUCAAACACGCGUCAAAGCGCCAUGGAAAUGUCUAAACUCUGCCGUCUACUUGUCGUUGAUUUAUCGGGCAUAAAGGAGCCAUUUGGGGGGAAGCCUUGUGAAAAGAUAUUUGAUUCCGCUGGACAGCUUCAGUGCGAUCUUUUCUGGUGUUCCAUCUUUCGUGGUAACUACGCCGAACAGUUAGCUGCUUGCUCCGCACUCCGGCGGACGAUCCAGCCUGCACAUAUAUCAGUUCGAUCCAACAGACGUAUCCGUCAAGUUCAGUGGCUUCGAAUACCGGUGGUUGAUUCGAAAGCAUCCACAAACAAUUCGUCUUCCAGAACGGUGAAGAAGGAUUCGAGCGGGGCCAACUUAUUGGCUGCGUUGUUGCAUAUCCUACUCCCUGCAGCUUACGAAUACGCACCAGAUGUGAUAUGCCUGCGAUUAGAAAAAGAGUGGAUCGAAACUAACAAUGACAAUACGGAUAACACACUCGGUCAUUUUCUGCAUCUUCUGAACGGCAUAGGUUCUCCUGUUGUUGUAUGCUAUUGUCGCGAUCAUCCACCGUCGAGUGCUUUGCUUCACGGUGUCCUCGGACGUCCUCUUCACCUAAACAUUAAGACAAAUGAUUCGAUGAUCCCUACAAGCUCAAUGCAAUCACUUAUUCAUCACAUACUGCAAGCGAAUGGAUCACGCUGGAAGAAUCUCAAAUUUCCAGGUAGGUUGCCGCAUUGAUCCGGUCUGGUUGAACUAACACAUAUCAGGUUCUCCUGUCACUUGGCAAGGAUAGCGAGCUUGGGAAGAACGUCGCAGUUCAGAUUGUAUCAAACAGCAAGAAGAAACACUUGGUACAUAUUGUAUCUGCAGUGGGGCACGUAUAUUCAUGCACGAAUGAUUUCGGCAUUGUAUGUAUAUCAGUAGAAUAUAGGUGAUAUGCUCUAGCCACACUUUGUCUUGUUGCUUUUUGAUAAAUGAAACACCCUUUUUGAGGAGAAAUGAGUGAAAUUAGAACGACAACUAAAAACAAAAAGACCAACGUAACGCAUGCGAACCAGAUUAAAAGUUAUUUAAAAAGGCGCGAGAUAAAACAGUGGACCGGAAAGGUCAAUCUCUUGUGUAUGCAGCUGCAACACAUAUAUUGGUACGUAUUUGAGGCCAAUCAACUUAGAUUCCUCUGCUAGCAAGAAGGCGAAAUCCCGGAGAGCCGGUCCACGCUUUGAUUGGCCCUUGAUAGCAGAUCAACUCUAGUGACGAUGAUGAUGAUUUGGGGAGAACUGGGGUUGGGGGAUAUAAGGGUGUAAUGCAUCAUGGACAAUAAGGACUGUUGAAAGGGCUAGAGGACAUGAGGUUGGGAAUUCGCAUUGUUUUCGUUAUCAGGCGUAUAAUUCGCACACAAACUGUGUAUCGUUUAAUCGCUGUACAAAAUGAACAUCUGUACAAUGGCUGACGUUGAAUGUUAAGGGGCUCUUUGAGGAGGUAGCAUGUUUCCCGGAGGGAUUUUAUUUGACGGGAAGACUGUAUUUCCUUUUGUAUGCUGCGGUUUGGGUAUGUAUGCUGGAGUUAACUGUCUAGGUUUAGGUGGCUGGGUAUGUGGAAUCGCGGGUAAAGGUCGGCUUAACUGGACAGGAUCAGGGCAUGAUAGCCUGAGUGAACCACCUUGGACCGGCAUAUUCGGAAUAGUACUGUUUAUGUAGGGCACCAUGUUCAUAGCGUUCGUACUUCGAAUAGUAGUUGUGGGACGGACGGUUGGGGGUACUGGCUUGUUACGGAUGUUGAUCAUACUUUCUUUACACUUGGUGGAAACUAGACAAGUAUCGGGGGGCAUAGAAAUGGGUGCGCACGAUGAAACUGGUUUUGAAAGGACUGUUCGUUUUUCACUUGUGCUGUUGGAGAUCGAACCGAUCUGAUCCUCUAGCUUCCGGAUGCGAGUCAAGUACUUGUGCUUCGCUUUGUCGAACGCUCCAAUCAAAGCCGUGUUGGCCCGUUUCAAAUCGUCCACCAAUUCUUCACUCUGCAGUUGUUGAAGUUCGGUGCUGUGUCUCAGGGCCUCUAAA